UACCUCAGAUUUCUAGCAAGUACUCCAAAGAAGAAAACAUUCUGAAAAAUUAAUCAACUUUUCUCUUGAGUCAAGUCCAAGAAAUGUUCUUGUCUUAACUACAAGCAGGAGAAAUGAAGCACAUUAUCAAUCCAUAUGAAAACAUCAAUAAUUCAGCAAGAAAUAAUUCAGACUGUCCUCAUGUGGUAUUGCCAGAAGAGAUAUUUUUCACAAUUUCCAUUGUUGGAGUUUUGGAGAAUCUGAUUGUCCUUCUGGCUGUGAUAAGAAAUAAGAAUCUUCAGUCACCCAUGUAUUUUUUCAUUUGCAGCUUGGCUAUUUCUGAUAUGUUGGGCAGCCUGUAUAAGAUCUUGGAAAAUAUCCUGAUCAUGUUCAGAAACAUGGGUUAUCUCAAGCUUCAUGGAAAUAUUGAAACCACAGCAGAUGACAUCAUCGAUUCCAUGUUCAUUCUCUCUCUGCUUGGCUCCAUUUUCAGCCUGUCUGUGAUCGCUGCUGACCGCUACAUCACCAUAUUCCAUGCACUGAAGUACCACAGCAUUGUAACCAUGCGCCGCACUGUUAUCAUACUGACUAUCAUCUGGACAUUCUGCACAGGGAGUGGCAUCACCAUAGUGGUUUUCUCCCAUCACAUCCCUACAGUACUCACUUUCACUUCUAUGUUCCCUCUGAUGUUGAUCUUUAUCCUGUGCCUAUAUGUGCACAUGUUUUUGCUGGCCCGUUCCCAUGCUAGGAAGAUCUCAACCUCUCUCAGAACCAACAUGAAAGGAGCUAUCACACUGACUAUCCUGCUUGGGGUCUUCAUCUUCUGCUGGGCCCCCUUUAUCCUUCAUGUCCUCUUAAUGACAUUCUGCCCAAAUAACCCAUACUGUGCUUGCUACAUGUCCCUUUUCCAGGUGAAUGGCAUGUUGAUUAUGUGUAAUGCAGUCAUUGAUCCCUUUAUAUAUGCCUUCCGGAGCCCAGAGCUCAGAGAAGCAUUCAAAAAGAUGAUCUUCUGCAACAGGUACCAGUAG